UGUGAGCAUUUCAUUUCUACCCCUACCUUUUGUCAGAAAUUUAUUAUCUGUGGAAAUUUUUUUGAACUACCACCGCGAUUGCUGAUCUGUUAUUGAAAGGAAGGAGGUGAUUAAGGAGAUCGGAUAUUUGAAUUGGUUUUCUUGAGUUUUCCCGUGUGCGUGUUCGUGAUAUGGAUUUUGUUUCGAAUGGUUCAUAAAAAAACGCAGCCCUUUUGUUCUUGCUUGCUUACCGGGGGAAGAUUAUGUGGGUGUUUGAUAAAAAUUGAAAUCGAUUUAUGAAUAUGGCGGAUAUAGAGGAAUAUCCCCUGCAUAAGGCAGUUUUUGAAAAUGAUCUCAAAGAAGUUUCGAGGCUCUUAAGAACUGUAGAAAUAGCAGCUAAAGACAGGCAUGGCAAUACACCAUUGCAUCUGGCUGUUAUGCUUGGGAGAGUUGAAUGUGUCCAAUUACUCCUGAAACAUGAUGCUCCAGUUAAGGUGAAAAAUGGUCUAGGUUGGACAGUAUUAGCCGAAGCAGUGAGCUAUGGAAAUCGGCCUACAAUUUCUUCCCUGGUGAGAAAGUUCAGGCAACAAUCCAGAGAACAGAUGGAAGAGAGACGUCCCAAUUUAGUCGAAGCUUUGAAUAGGAUUAACGAUUUUUAUAUGGAACUAAAGUGGGAUUUUCAGAGUUGGGUGCCCCUUGUUUCUAGAAUACUGCCGUCAGAUAUUUGUAAAAUUUAUAAAAGUGGUGCCAACAUAAGGCUCGAUACGACGCUAGUUGAGUUUUCUGAUAUGCGUUGGGAAAGGGGAGAUAUCUCAUUCAUCUUCAAUGGAUUGGCACCGUCCAAUGAAAGCCUCACUGUCCUAGAUAAUGUACUGAAGGUUUACCAGAAGGUUAAAUAUGAGGAGAAUGAGAUGGAAAUAGAGGACGAAGUCGAUUUGCUCAUGUCCACCGAUAUUUUAGCUGCUCAAAUCUCGACAAAAAGUAUUUCAUUCGCAAGGGCUCAAAGUGGUUGGAUAUUUAGAGAAGAUAGAAAGGAACUAGUGGCUGGCCAGUAUGAUAGUGAACUAUAUACAGUUCACGGUUUAAUGUUAGAAAGUAGAAAGAGAAGGGAACACCUCUCUGCUGAUGAUCUCCAAAAGAACAAAGCCAUUUUAGAAAGUUUUACCAAAGGAAACAAUCUUCAGAAUUUCGACCAAAACGGAAUUUUUCUUUCGUUGCAGCCUUUAAGAAGAACCAGUUUAAUUCCACCUCCAGAUAAAAAUAUCACUUGGGAACAAUAUAUCAGUGCCGAAAUAAAUAAUUAUCCCAGACUGGGAAGAGAUCUUGUUUACAAAGAAUCUACAAAGUCCUUCAAAGCAACUAUAGCGAUGAGUUCAGAUUUUCCCCUCUCUGUCGAUAUGUUAUUGAAUGUUCUGGAAGUCAUAGCGCCGUUCAAACAUUUUUCGAAACUCAGAGACUUCAUAACGUUGAAACUACCGACGGGUUUUCCUGUCAAAGUCGAGAUACCCAUCCUACCUACCGUCACCGCAAAGAUAACCUUCCAGCAUUUCGAAUUCAAAAAUGACAUUUCCAAUACUAUGUUUACCAUUCCUACGACUUACGUCGAAGAUCCUGCCAGAUUUCCUGACUUAUGACGUCCUGAACUGUUGAACUCGUUGGAGAUCGAUUACGCCAAAAAGCCCCAGUUUCUCCUGCCGUACGAUAUUCGACUGUUGAAUAACAACAAUAACGGACCUAAAGGAAAAUUGCAGAAGUGUCGAAAAUGCAUAGACGAUUCGGGGAUUGUCUAUGUCGACACUGAAACUAUAUGCAUGGAGCUGCCUAUGCUUUUCACCCUCGGAAGCAUAUACUCCUCCAACUGUCUACUUUAUUUGGAAUAGACUGAGGUAUAAGAAAUUUCAACUGUCCCACCCUUUUUUUUAAAUCCAGGGACCAAGUCUCCGUAAAGGAUCCCACUCAAUAGAAACGUUUAAUUUAUUCGUUCAGGUAUUGUUUGAUGGAAAACUCCUGUAGUUGUAUAACUAGAUGUGUCUUUAUGUGUUUAAUGGGAGUUUCAUAUUAAAAACCUGGUCUCGUCCAAAAGUUUGGAUCAAAUUAACUCGAAAACGGUUGAAAUUCCUCAUUUUUGCAAUGUGUUCUUUUUUGAAUACUUGCAGAGAUUUCAGUAUCACUUUUUUUACAAACGUAUGAAUUUAGGUAUAAGUCUUUCAAACCAUAUCACUCGAUCUUUGCAGAUUAUUAGGAAAACUUGCACGUAUUUAUGUUACUUCUUUUAUCUCAGCUGUGAUUUUUGUUUUUUAUUUAAUCUAUUUUUUUUAUUUGAUCAGUUCUUAAUUAUUGUUUGGAUUUUGAAAAAGCAGGGUAUGUAUAUGUAUAUUUUGGCAGUUUUGAGACUUCGAAAGCUUGUGUAUUUGAUGUUUUUUUUAAUGUUUCUGAGGCCUACUUUGUGCUAGCUAGAGGUGAUCUUUCUACUAGAUCUCCUUUUUUGAUAUGUUCGAAGUUUCAAUUGAACAGUCAAUAAUAGUUUAAACUCAGAAGUACAACUUCUUAUAGGAUAUUUGUUUAAAAUGUUAAAAACGAUAUUUAUGUAAUGAGAAUUUGAUGACAUUCAAUUGGGUGUAAAUUUCAGAAAAAAAUGAUACAGAGACUAUAAUAUUUGUUGAGAAGGAUUGUCCCUUUUUGAAUUGUUGAAUGUAUAAAAAAAUAAGAACAUUAAAUGAUACUGCUUGA